GAACCAGAAUGGCCUAACUGACGAAUUCACGAAAUUGACGUUCUUACAAAAAUGUACUGCUUAUAGUAUUAUGUUUGUGUCCAGAGUGGCCUAAAAGUUGUUCACAUAUUGUAUCAUAGAUGGCAGCAUUAUAUCGAUUCCCUGGUUGCGAAAAUCGAAUUAAAUCGUGGUGCCACAGUGACCUAUAUCACUUAGGCUACUAUGGUAUUGGUGAAAACAACUCGAAUCAUAACACCUAUUUUGACAGUAGGUAGAAGUUAGGUUAGGUCCAUUUUUAUGUGUUGUGUUUAUUGUUGUUCGAAUAAUGAAUAGUGAUAAUCUAGUUGAAAACGAUGAUCACAGUGUGGAACAAAGAAUGGCAGGUAUGUCAGACAAUACAGUUUGUUUUACAAAAUAAUAUUCAACAAAAAUAAUUAUUUGCAAUGAAGUGCUCGUUCUUUUUUGUAGAUUUGUUCGAAAGUAGUGAGGAGGAACCAUUCGAAGACUCUGGUUCUGAGUACUUACCAUCGAGAAGCCCUACUCCAGCAAUAUUGGAUCAAAGUGAUAUUAUUGGAGAAGAGAACAUACCUCCAAAUACAACAGACGAAGCUGAAGUGAGGGAAGGUCCACAGAAGACUAGGAAACGUAAACGAGAACCAGCAAAGUGGAAAAAAAAUGUGAGGAAGGCGAAGAGAGCCAGAGGUGAAGCCUAUAUAAAUACUAAGAAAAAUGCAGUUCCAGAAAAACAAAUUGAUACAGAUCAACCCUGCCCUUGUGCUCAAAAAUGUCAUACCAGACUAAGUCCCACACAACAAUCUAAGUUAUUCAAGGGAUUUUAUGAACUUGGAAAUUUUGAUUUACAAACAUCCUACCUAUUUUCACUGAUAAGGGUUGCUCCUAAAAAUAGAUGUUCACUUCCACAUCAGAACAUAGCUAGAAGGAAAGAGUCUCGUCGAUCAAACACAAGGGUGUAUCAUGUCCCAAAUAAUGACGGAAUACUAACAAAGGUAUGCAAAGAAUGUUUUAAGAAAUUAUUUCAAGUUAGUGAUGGCAGGAUCAAUAGGCUGCUUAUGAAUAAACUCUCUGUACCUACUCCACCUCAAGACCAAAGAGGAAAACACCAACCAAAAAAUAAAACGAGUGAUGAGCAAAUCCAUUAUGUAAAGGCAUUUAUUGAAAAAUUUCCCAAGUAUGAGUCACAUUAUACUUUGCAUAAAAGCAUGGACAGAAUGUUCCUGGCUCCAGAUUUGAAU